AUGGUCUGUCCGACUCAGAUCAAAUUCUACGUUCCAGAAGAGUGUCGAACAUUCACAGAAUUCCCGCGCUUACCGCCUGAGGUACGGCAAAGAAUCUGGGAGACCUAUCUGUCUACUCCGGGCGUCCAUUUCCUCAAGCUGCAGACCAAAGAAGGAGAUUGGAGCUGGACAGAGAGGCGAAUGCAAGAUGCCUUUACAAUGCAGGAAACGGAAGGGACUGAGGACGGAGAGGAAAUGCCCACGGUUCUGGAGAACGACAGAGUGCCCAGGGAGUCACAUCAAGCAUGCUUGAUACCAGUUGGCCCAUGCCCCAGGGCAGAUGUCUCGCAGUACCAAGCUUUGCGAAGGCAGCUUGCAAUAUUGUCACGGACAUGUGUCGAAUCUCGCAACGUCGCCAGGCGAUUAGCGGAUAGACCAGAAACUCUGAGGUUGGGCAAUGGGAGCAUCGUCUCUCUGGGAAGAUCAUCCGACCUCAUCUACUUGGACUACUUCCCGCCAAGCCUUUACCAAAGCAGCGGCAAUUUGGAAACAAUCCCGGAUUGUCCCGACCUCGCUCGCAUAAAGCGAGUCGCAGUACGCUUCUCACACACAUGGUGGCCUACAAAGAAGCUGUGCACGUGCGAUUCGUGCCGGAAAAGCAACGGUCUGAUACACAGAGGCGUCUAUCCAGCCCACCUCUACCAGCUGCUGGCCCGGCAUUUCCCCAACUUGGAAGAGUUCUUCUUUAUAGACUACUUCAUUGUGCACAAGGGCAGAUGCCAGCACAAACAUGACGGGACGCCGGUAAAGGGCCCAACCAUGCAAGUUAACCUUCGCAACCGGCGUGCCGCGCAACACUGCUGA